UCAAACAGAUUUCUGUUUGCGCUAACAGUGGAGUUCGAAAUACAUAGGCAUCGGGAUGUCGCCUAUUGAUAGUGGAACCUAGAGGACAGACAAGCACAAUAAAAGCUCUCAAUCUCCUUUCAUGGGAAUUACACUCCCCAGUCUCCUUGGGAGAAGCGCUUUCCCUGCGUUCACGCUUCUUAUGCCCAGAUAACCAUCACCUUGGAUGCAAUGGGUAAACUUCUGUCAUGUUGAUUUCCGAUUGUUACUGUCUUUCUCCACCGUAAAAGUGUUGGUUCAGCCGACUAUAUGUCAAAUGUUGCGCUUCGGCUUCUCUCUCGAAAUUGUUUUAUCUCCAAUCGUGAAUGGUGAUGUACUCAUUUAAAGUCUGAGUGCAGAUGGACAAGUCCGAGUUGCCAUGAUUUAGUAUUCCCCACCGUCAAGGUUCGUGUUAUUGAAAUCAACCGUCAUUCAUGUGGCAGACUGGUUUACCUGAAACACACUUCCCACAGGUCUUUGGAGUGUCACGGUUACUAUCUACGAAAUACUGCAACACGUGACACCUUGCGAUUUGUUCAAAUCUAUCCACUACUACGUCAAGAUCAGUAGGAAAACCUACCGAAUUUUGUAAUAUUUCAUACUACUUAAACGUCCGGAAGCAUUAUGCAACAUUAUCUCAAGCCCACGAUUUCAGAUUAGCUUCAAAGCUUUUGGGAUUUACAUAUAUCUCCUGAUACGCCACCCGUUCGUCUGAUUGGUGUUUUAUUUCAUUUUGCUGAUUGCAACUAUCCGGAAUUCCAAAAACUGAAAAAUCUUUAGUCGAUAUCCAAUUUUAAAUAGUCAUGGUGUAGGUUGAACCCAGAAAAUUGAGCGCAGACACGAUACAAAACUUUACUAUUUAGUGGGCCAUCAAUAAGUAGACUAAGAAAGGUUGAAAAGACAGUGAUUACAGUGGAGGCUUCGGCUUUCAUGUUAUCACGUUUGCCCACGUCAAAUGAAACCACCCGCUAUCAGGCAAUAGUGAUAAGGGCCUGUAUCAAAUAACUUGCUUUAUUUGACCGGUUGUCCGCUACUGGUCUAACAGUGCACUCGAUUUCAAUAGUUCAUUUGAUGUCCACUUGUAAUUCAAAAUAAGGCCACAAUUACAUCCUUGCUGUCUGACCCGCAGUCGUAUUUUGUUCAUGAUGCCUGGCUACUGUGAUCCUACGCUACACACUGCUGAAAAGUUCUGCGCUUGAUUCGCACUCACAUUCCCGAUACGGUAAAGAUUUUGGACCAACCUUGAGACUGUAUUGAGCAGGGGCCGAACUCACGGCGAUCUUCGCUUGGUCAGUCGCGUGGCUCACACGGUUGCGCAUUCCUGAUUGGCUGAUUCGAUCCUCGUGAUGGUCUGUGCAGUGAUUGGUCAAAGGCCAAUGUAUAGAUUCGAUGUUGACCACGGUCGACACUGGGCACGCUCGUGUUUUGUGGGCUUCUUGCUUUCUGAGCUAUCGCCUUGAGAUGAAUGAGUAUCAUUCCCAAACUCCACCACGAGUUCCACCGCAUGCAAAUCCUAGGCCUGGAAUUUUCAGACUCCGUAGGACUACCAUACAAUCUGUGCCCAGAGUACCCACAAUCCCUACCCACGUCUUCAAUACCGCCACGAGCCAAAGUUCAGCCCAGAAACAGGAAGCCACAUUUACAACGGAAGACAAGAAAGUGCUACCCUUGCAACGACUGGUCAAGCGAUUUAGUGUGCGACCAUCGCCAAAGGUAACCGAGUCAAUCGAGCCGAAACGACGGGUGUCCAUGUUAAACCAUUGGCGGAGGCGAAGGUCAUCGGUGUUGCACAACAGAGAUCGAUCACCCCUGCAACAGACGAAUAGUCCACAAACACCCGUGCGCAAGGAAACUAAGAUGAGGGAGGAAUGUGCCGGUCCACCAGAAGCGGGUUGGUUAAAACUUACCUUUCGUGACCUCAGAAGAAGAUCCAAUUUACUUUCACAGUUGCCGAAAACAUCUGGAGUGAUAAAAUCACCUAACAAACCGCGUCCCUUUGAUGAUCGCUGUUGUCAACGCUCAAGUGAGAUGGGGCUAGAAAGAGGGGAAUUCACUUCACCUGACAGUGCGCAAACCAAAAGUAGUCCAUGCUUUUUAAGGGACUCAACUCCAAUCCUGCACCGACAAACCAGGACUUCAAGCUUGCCCUGUGUAGAGAGUCCAGAGAUACGGUCCUCGUUGCUCAGUUAUCAUCCAACCGAUGAGGUCUCAAUCUCGGAGUCGGAAUCUCUAUCGCUGAGGCAGUGUGCAAUAUCGCAGACAGAUAGUCUGAAUUCAUCCUGCUCGGCUUCAACUCUGAAUAUGCCGGUACCCGAAGUGGUUGAGAAGAUUAGACUUUUUGCGUCAGCCAAUACGAGGGACUUAUGCGCUAGUAAACCGGUCGGACAAGACUCCGGAUGGUCCUCUGAGUUGAGCUCGCUAUCACACCCAACGGAUCCCGAUAGGUCUGAGGAACUGACGGACAAGCACGAGGAGGCAGACUCUGAUUCCUGUAGUCUUGCUGAAUCUUGCGCCACCGGAGAGAUUCGUGUCGUAUGGGCCAACAGACUGCGGAAAUCUCUAGAUCGAGCACAAAGGAGUUGCCGCAUGUCCGUGGGUCAAACACUUUUCAACCGUGAUCCUGUCGAAGGUGUUCGGUACUUUCUUGACCACAGUUUGGUCCCACCAGUACCAAUUGCUAUCGCUCGCUUACUUAUGAAACAAACCGGACUGAGUCGACAAGCGAUUGGGGAUUAUUUUGGUUCACUCGGCGAUCCCAUGUCGACAAAAGUGCUCAGAGAAUUUCUAUCACUGAUCGACAUGAAGGGUCGUGAGGUGGACGAAUCUAUCCGUUCAAUGUUAAAUCACUUCCAUCCAGCGGGUGAGUCUCAAAAAAUUAGCCACUUGGUACAAAUCUUUCAAGAAGUCUACACCGCCCAAAAUCCCGAACUGGUCUCUACCACCUUUCGAAGUAAAGACACCAUCGAAGUGCUCGCCUACUCUAUCCUAAUGCUUCACACCGAUUUACAUAAUCCCAAUCUGAGGCGUCUCGGCCAGAGAAUGACCGAAUCAGAAUUCAUCAACAACAAUCGGGGUAUAGAUUGCGGAGCAGAUCUACCUGUGGAUUUGCUACGACGCAUUUACCGGCGUGUGUCCUCAUGUGAAUUUAAAACCCUUCCGGAUCCGGUGGAACGGCUACGACGGCUGGACACAAUCCUGGUUGGGCCGCUAAAAACCGAAAAUUUUAUCCAACGGCAUCGAAGGUUCGUUGGUUGGGUUACUGGUCGCCAGUUGAACCGCAUCUCCACGCGACAUUCAGGUCAUCACAAUCACUGGCGAUACCUCCUCGUAUUCAACGACAUUCUCGUAUUAGCCAAACCUAUGCUUGGAGCACUGCUGGGUACCUCCGGAUCCUUGUGGAACAUGGCCGCAGCUGCUGCUGUAGGCGCGGACGCCGCAACCGCAUGUAUACUAAACAACUCGAAACAAAACCAGUAUUUUUCCGACGAACCUAUGACUAUUGGAGCGUAUCAAGUGCGCUCAGUACUGCCCCUGAAGGACGCCAAGGUUUUGGUCUUUGAAACUCAGUCCUACCGUUACGGCCUACGUCUUUGCAAUCAGCAGAGUCCGUUGCUCAACUUUGUCCUUCCAUCUGCGCAAAGCCGGCAGAAGCUAAUCGAUUGGAUCCACGCUUCCAUUGCUGAGCUACACGAGCUGCAACUCUAUCGACGACAAAGUGAUGAGCGAAAGGCCAACAGUACCCUUAUGCGUAGUCAAACUACUGUCCUGUCUUGUGCUACGGACAACCCCAGUGAAGGUUUCGACAGUGGAAAAUAACCACCGUCUCCAACCAUCAAAUCCACCAUGUAUCUACUUACACACACAGAGUCUGCCUAUAUUGCCUUUAUGACUCCCGCUCUACUUCAUUCUGUGAUAUUGGCACCAGAUUGCUAUUCAGACGCUCUACAAUCUGCUUUUCGGUAUGUUUUCUUCCUUCUGUUGCAUCUGUGUAUAAAACAAAUUCCAGAUUUUGCCCCCAUUCCUCUGUCCCCAAACAUCCAGUCACCUAUAUAGAAUACUUUACUCUCUGUUCCUCCCUC